UCUCUCCAAAAUUUUUUGCUACGUUUUUCGAGCGCGCUCUCUCGUUCUCUCUCGAGUAUAAAUAGCUCGUGCAUGGGUUGGUGUUGGAAACAGGGAGAGCCCCCCUGUUUCUGCGUGGGUUCCGAUUCUUGGGGUGGAAGCGGAUGGAGGAGAGGAGAGUAGCCGAUUUCCUCCCGGAACGCAAAUCCGGGGCAAUGGAGAACAAGAAAAGAAGAAAAACGUGGGACCAUUGCCUAUCCCUUCCCCACUCCUCUGCCUCCGCCGCCGACUCUCUUUCUCCCCGCGCUCUGCUCUCCCGGCUGCGCCUCUCGCUCCACAAGCCAUCGCCGGCCCGCGGCGGAGGAGUAGGGGACGGGAUGGGAUGCGGGAUGCGGUUCCCGAGGCAUUGCUCUUGCAAGAAGGAGAAGGAAGAGGAGAAAGGGGAGGUGGAAGGCGAGGAGAAUGAGGUGGAGGUGGGCGGAGGGAAAGUGGUGGACUCACCUGUUUCGGAGCCGCCGGCGAGCGAAAGGAGGGCCCCGCCGUCUCCGGACGCCGCUACUGUGGAAGGCGGCACGGAGGGUUCCGAGGAGAAAGGAAGGAAGCCAGAAGAAGUCUCUUUAAACCUAGGUAUGGGGAUAGGUCUGGUCUUUCUCUUAGCCAGGAGUGCAACUGAAUUCAAUAAGAUGGUAGAACUGCGGGCGCAGAUGGAAAUGCUGCUUAAAGACAUUAAGGAUGAGAUCCAGAGGAAGGAAAUACCUCCUAACUAUACAGUGUCAAAUAAUAUUAUUGGCUAUUCUACAUCGAAUAGCUUUGGAAAUGGAAAUACAGGCAAUUCCAUAUCUUUGCAAAAUGAUGGAGCAUCUUGCCAUUUGCCAAUGUUGCACACUGCCAUGGAAUCUGCUACACAGUCGAAGUGUGAGACAGCCACAAGGAGCAAAAGGUGCUUGGAGAUUGAUCAAAUAGAAGCAGAGCUUGAAGUUGAACUGCAACGUCUGCGACUCGAUUCGGAAGACAAAGAUUCAUCUGCCUAUCUACAACCACACAGAAUGGAGUCAAGUGGGAAUGCGGAUCCUUCUGAGAACUUCAGCCAAAGUUCUGAAGAAGGCGACGAAGCCGAAGAGAGAAGUUGUCGCUGUGGGGUUGACCCGCGUGAGCUGGAAAGGAGAUUGCAUGAGCUUCUAGAAACAAGACAGCAAGAGAGGAUAGCAGAGCUCGAAUCUGCACUGGAUUGUGCUGAGAGAAUGCUACGUGAAAGGGACAGAGAGAUAUGCUGGUGGAGGGACACCACAAGGCUGGUCUCACAUCAUAAGGACGAAACUCUGUUUAGGUGAGCUACUAAUUGGGAGCCAAACAUGCAAUCCUUGGUUGUCACUUCUUAAGCAGAGUUUUCCUUGUUUCAAAGGAAAGCCUAAAAGACAUUCUCUUGUACCAGGUAAUUGUGCAACAAAUGCAUCAUGUAGCAAUUUUCUUGGAACAUUUUGGAUGCAUUUUUCGAGUGAUUUAUGGUGGUGAAGCUGAAAUGAAGAAUGCAGCAAGAUGAAUCAAAGAACUGUUUGGCUUGUUAUUGUACUUCAGGACGCAAUUACUUGAUCCCCCUUUUCCUCUUCUGUAGCAAUGAGUCAGAUUUUUGCAGUAUAUGUAGACUUCUGCAACAUCCAUCCUC